AUGGCGACGAGGGACGCGAUCCGGGCCGGCCAUGGCCUCCUACCCGCCCACGGGGUCCGCAUCGGGAACUGGCUGGAAGACGAGUACGCCCAUCAGGAUCUCCUGAAUGAUUUUAUCCGUAAGAAAGAGCAAGGACAACUUUUAGUACAGAGAUUAGCCAGACUUCAAGAGAAUAUUUUCAAGAGGGUAGAGCUGUCAAUAUCUUCUGAUGGAUUUGUUCACUUUGGAGACACCGUGUUGCUUAUGAACCCAGACAACAAAUCCUCAGGUUUGGAAGGGACCUCGGAGGAGCAGGAGCCCGAAAUGCGUGGAGAUGUGACUCUGGCUGUUGACAUGGAAGAAGUGUCCUGUACUCGGAUGAACCCCUGCAGCUCUCAAGUGGACUUAGUGCAUGUCAGGAGAGUGGACCCCAUAGGUCGAAAUGCUUUCUGUAUUGUAAGUGCUGAUGGAAGUGCAGAGGGCGAACCCCUUCGGUACGGGCAAAGCUUUCUUCUUGGGACAAAAGGAGGGGUUUCAGACAAACUGUUUUAUCUAGCAAGUGACCACAAAACAUUUCAAAAUUUUGCUAAAAAAUCUCGCCUUCAGAAAGUAUUUUUGACAGCUGAGGUUUCCUAUUUGGCUCUCUGGCAAGCUAAGUCCUUGGAUCCACAACUGCGUCUUGAACACGAAGGAUUUCCAGUUCCUGCAGACACUAAAAUUAUUAUUACUCAUUGCUACACCAAUCGCAACUUAGCCGUUCCAAGGACCUUCUGUGUGUGGUCUUAUUUUGGAAGAGAGUUUGAAGUCAUUUGUCACAAUUAUCUGGACUCCCACAGAGUUGAAGAAGAUAAGAAUCACUGGGUGAUAAUUACAGCAAACCCUGGUCCUGAAGAUGGUACAAUGCUUGAGAGACCCAAAGCUUUCCCAGAAGGGUAUAAGAAAGAAUCAAUUUUGAAAACAGAGAAUAUAAAAGCCCAAGACUACAGCCAGGAGAAGCUGACGAGACUCUGA